UUUCUGCAGUAGCUCGUUAAACAAAUCCACCCACAGAACUAAUGUUAAGGAUUUGUUUCGUGUGUACAUUCAAUGGCGGGAGACUAGAAGCCUCAUUGCUUCUGUGACACAGCGAUGGUCUGAUAGGUUCACAUGUUUGGUUCUUCUCUGUGUGUGAAACCUAAUCCAACAUAAAUCUAUCGUCCGUCCUGUCAAAGUCCUCUGCUGCUGUGUUAAGAUGUUAAGAAGCGCCUCAGCUCAGAUCUUCAGACAGAUCGUUAGACAAAGGAGCACAGACAGCAGCCUCAUUCUGGAGAGAUCGAUAAACCGUGUACAGCUGCUGGGUCGCGUUGGUCAGGAGCCUGUAAUGAGACAAGUGGAGGGACGUAACCCUGUCACCAUCUUCUCUUUAGCAACAAAUGAGAUGUGGCGCUCAGGAGAAGGAGAGACGAGCACACAAGGCGACAUCAGUCAGAAGACAACGUGGCAUCGUGUGUCAGUGUUCAAACCUGGUUUGAGAGACGUAGCCUACCAAUAUGUGAAGAAAGGGUCUAGGAUUCUAGUAGAGGGGAAACUGGACUAUGGAGAAUAUGUGGAUAAGAACCAAGUCAGGCGUCAGGCCACCACCAUCAUUGCAGACAACAUCAUCUUCCUCAGUGACAACGUGCGAGACUGAACCUGAAGGACUCUCCAUCCCCUGUCAUCCAAACAACAUGAUGACUUCCUUCCUUUGUAUCUUCUUUAUACAAAAUUACUGAGGAAGUGAAGGAACUGAGAGGGGACUGAAUAAUCUGUGACACAUAAGACUGAGCACAUUGUUAGACUCUGUCGCCUCCUGCUGGUGGGGAAAGUGAAGAUUUCAGGCAAAAUAGGUAUCAGAAAAGCCCACCAUUGAAGGAAAUAUCCCCUCACUGAUCACAAUUAGGUUAGGUUGUCACAUUGAUGCAGUUUAUGCCUCUUUUCUCAAAUUGUAUGCAUUAGACCUAUGUUGAAUACAAAAUGGGAAAUGUCAAAAUCAUCUUCCUAGCCACCUAGUUCUCAGUAUAAUGAUUUAAAAGAGUUGCCAGGUUUACCUUUUUGGAGGUAUUUUUUCAGUGUCAAUUACUUUGAGAUAACCUCUGCAAGUCUUAGCCUACCUGCAAAUAUGAGACCGUUUUCUUCCACAUGUUGAAAGCAUGUUGAGUUAAACCUACAAAUCAUUGUUUCUAAAUUCACAGGUUAAUAUUUUUAGGAUUUGUGGACAGUUACUUGUUGGCUGAGUUGAAUUCAGCAACUGCACAAAGAAACUGACUAAGUGUUGGUCUAGUCACUGAAAGGGGUUUUAGAUGGGAAGUGCAGUCUCCUUGUUCUGAGUUUCCAUCUCAGAUUUCAGUCUUUGUCAUGUGACUCAAAUAUUGGUAUUGUUGAUAUAUUAUUAAAGAAAUGUGUUACAAACAGCUUUUCCGUUCAUAGAUAAUAGUUGUUCAGCUUGAUUCUCAGACUUCUCACAUUCUUUUAUAAUUAAAGAUUGUUGAGCUGGAAAAGAAAGGCCCCUGUGUAAUGACAUAUUUAUUCACUUGUUCAUAUUCCUGAACUCAUCUUAGUCAUAAAAUUAUUGUAUUUACGUUUGAAAUCCUGUAUUUGUUCUGUUUCUCUUUUUUUCUAUAUAUAAUUUUUUAUAUUUUCUAGCUGGUCCCUACAAUUUUUUUUAUUUCCUUCCUGCAGAGUAACUGUUCAGUUCACUGAUGUUGCUGCAAUUAUUACUAUAAUACACAUUUUACCCAUAAA